GCAGGAACAGUGUGUGUGUGUGCAGCCUCUCCCUCUCACUCGGUCCCUGCUUGUUGUCUCUGUCGGACUCUCUGUGACUUUUCAAGUUUUUUGGCGACCAAAGCUAGUCACCUGUUCUCAGGUAACUGAACCACACUGAUACACCGAGCUGUGAUGGAGGUCUGGGGACCGAGCUGUGAUGGGGGUCUGUAGACCGAGCUGUGAUGGAGGUCUGGGGACCGAGCUGUGAUGGAGGUCUGUAGACCGAGCUGUGAUGGAGGUCUCAAAGCUCUGCAGCUGAUGUCAUGUGACCAGCCGGCCUUCUCCUAGUUCUCUUAUGACAUCAUCUGAACCUGUUAAUGAGAAUGGGUUGAACCAACAGAGGAUUGUUCUCUAAGGGUUAAAUGUCAACUUAAAGCUGAUGAUAGAUGUGUGAAUGAUGUGUUCACUAAAAAUAAAAACGUCUCUUAGUGCAGCUAUAACUUUGUGGUUACUAAAACAGCAGCCACACACACAUACACACACACACACACACACACACACACACACACACACACACACACACACACACACACACACACACACAACCCUGUCAGAUGAACUCAUCAUUCAUUCAAUACCGCAAUUGUUUUCUGGGGUUUUUGCAGCUUUUUUUCAGAUAUUAGGGAAGUAACAAUAAAAGAAUACAAAGUUUGUAAGAAAAGAGUUCUCGUAACGGAAGGAAGUCAGAAAGUGGCACCAACAGUUUCUUGACAUAUGUCCCAACCUUUCUGUCCGUCAGUCAGUUAGCGCUCGGCUCACUCUUCUGUCAGGAGUCCCAACCUGAAGAGACUGAAGUAAGGAUGGCAGUUUGGGACAAAAAGAUUCUCUGGGCCGUCAUGUUGGUCCUGACAGGAGCUCUGGGUCUAAGAGUGAACUAUCCAGAUCCUGUUUGUGGUAUAAAAGGAUCGACCGUCACCCUCCCCUGCUCCUUCACACCGCUGGAGUCUGUCAAGAUCAUCAGAGUCGUCUGGUGCAAGAACCAUGAAUUCUGUCAGAGAGAGACUCCGUCUGUGUACGACAGCGAAUCAAACAACAACAACCCUCGUUACAGAUACCUGGGAGACCAGAAGGGAGACUGCACUUUACAGAUCUCAGAUCUACAGGAGGAAGACAACGCAACUUUUCGCUUCAGAAUGGAAACUAAUGAUCCCAUAGCAUCUUUUACUGGCCAAUCAGGAGUGAGAGUCACAGUAGAUCAGAUGGAGAUAAGAAGCUCCAGAGAUGUUGGAGAGUUUAAAAGAGGAGAAGAAGUCACACUGAACUGCACCACAAGCUGCUCUAUCCACCAACUGGAGGUCAGCUGGUUCAGAGAUGGCUCCGCCCUCUCAGAGACUGGCCCCGCCCUCCAUCUCAGCGAUCUGACUGCAAAGGAUUCUGGGAACUACACCUGUGGCUUGAAGAGGAACAACGGCACCCUCUCAGUGCCGUACAGCCUGCAUGUGGAGACUGACCAGGAAGGAGGAGGUCUGCUUCUGAUCGUUCGUCUGGUGGUCGGGGUCCUGCUGAUUCUAUUCGCUGUUGUUCUGGUUGCUUGCGUCAGCAAAAGAACGGAGGAGAAGGUGGAGGACUCCAUCAUCAUCUACAACGCUGUAGACAGCACCAUCAGAAGACAAACCACACCAUGAUGGCAGAUCAACUUUUUUAAAUCCAUGUUUACAUUUAAAUAAAAAAUGAAAAAUAAAAGAAAAGGUUUUAAAAUUUUAAAUUUGUGUGUGUGUGUGUGUGUGUGUGCAUGUGCAUAUGUUUCUUUGUGUGCAUGCUUGCGUGUGUGUUUGUUUGUGUGUCUGUGUUUGUGCAUGUGUGUGUGUGUUUGCAUGUAAUUUGAUGAAAAGUUAUGAUUCAGCUAUAAUAUUAUGUUCAUUUCUCCUUUAAAAAUAUUUGACAAAAUAAAACCCACCAGAUCUUUUAUUUACAUUUAAAAUGAAAUGAUUAAAACUUAAUUUAAUGCACUCAUUAGAUGCACAAUUGCUCCGUAUUGUUGUCUAUGGUGUGUGUUUAUAUUAUAUUAUGCCAAAGCCAAAAACAAAUUUCCAUUUUAUGCAAAUCUAAUGGACAAUAAACUUGAUGUACACAAA